GAUCAAUUUUGGUACGCCGAUUCCAGAUCUGAUAUCGAUCGAGAUCCCGACGAUCGUAAACAUCAACAUCGCUGAGUUGAUGUUCACUUUCAUGCCAGGAAUGAUGUUUUGCUCCGGUGUCCUUGCGUCCAUUGGUGCGUCCAUUGGAGACCUGUGCUUCGAGGUGACAGCAUUGCCCGUUGGUAACCAACGGCUCAAGAAACUGUCUUUUGAGACCGAGCAAGGCAUUGGCGCCACCUGUGCUGCAUUGGUGAAAGAGCUGUUUGCAUACUGUUUGGGGUGUGGCGGCCUGAGCAACAUGGCUGCAGUGCGGCGGAGCCUGGAUAUACCUGAGAUGCAGAUGUUGGUUGAGUUUCCAGGGGACCCUAACAAUUUGGAUUACCAUCAUAGGAUAUUUUGGUAUCGUGUUGAAAGGUCAGAGUGGAUCAUUUCAACCCCAGAUGGGGAUGUGUAUGAGGAGGAUUAUGCUGGAGUGACUGUGGUUCCCCUCACCCGGAAUGCGCCGUAUCCGGCUGCUUAUGCCGGGCAGCUCUAUGUCCCUGACAAUGACGCCUUGAUGCGCGACUAUCAGGACUUGAAGCGGCAGGCUGAAGCGCUUUCUGUGGUACGCGGCUGCCAGGACAGACCUGGGGUUUCAGCUGCUGAGGGCACCAAUGAGACAGCAGGGCAGUGGCGCGUUGCAGAUGUGGACUCCAAGAAGUUUGGUGAAAUCAUACCGAACAAUGAGUUGAUGGACGGUGGUUCCAAUGUGAUGUUGGAGAUUGGUGAACAUCGGAAGCGUCUUCACCACAAGGAUGGGGAGAUCAUGACCCUGGAGUAUGUCAAGAACUUUGACGAGUGGGCUGAGCGCAAGCGACCUGGGCUUCCGGGUGGUGAUGCCGGGGACCUUCGGAUUCUUGGCUGCGUGAAGCUGAGCUCUGGGAAGAGACAGAUGUCCUUGGAGAGGGCGCUGGAGCUGAUGUCCGAGAAGAAGUUUGAGGAUUUCCCACAUCGAGGGCCCCGUGCCGCUCGAGAAUUCUUGGAAAGCGUGCUGGAGAAUGGAGGUGACCUUGCAUUGAAUCCACGCCACCCCACCUUUGAUGCUUUUGACUACAACACACGUGGAAGCGUUGAUGAGGUUGGGGGGGCAAGGGCACCUGGCUAUGCUGAGUGGAUGGCAGAGCAGCAGAAGCAAGAGGCGAAGACGUUGAAGAGCACACGGGAGUGGCGAGAAGAGCAGGCCACUGAGCGACGGCGUGCUGCAAAGAAUCAGACCGACAAGAUGGAGUCUGAUGAUGAGGCUGGGGCUGAGAAGACCAAGAAGAAGAAAAAACCUAGCGGCGCCGCUGGUGGCGCCGCUGCGCGUGGGGUUCGUAGCUCCGCCAGCCUUGAUGAUGUCUUUGGCCAGAAGGAUUGGAGGAUAGGGGAGAGGAUGUUGGGGCGCAUUUCUGAGUCCGUCCGAUCCCUGAACUCUCUGGCACAGUCUUCUGCUGAGGAGGUCAAGCGGGCGAAUUUUCCUUUUCGAGGGCAUCAUCCAGUUGGCAAGCCGACCAAGCCGCAAAAGGGGGUCCUACAGAAGAUCGCUGGGCAAAUCCGUGAUGGAGGUUGCUGCCCAACUGGAAUGACACCGAAGAGCUGUUUUGAGGAGGUGUGCAAGAGUCGUGAUAUGUACUCCUUGAAUCAGAGCAGCACGGCACCAUAUGACCCUGAACUGCUCAAGGUCAUGAAGACGAACACGGUUCCAAAGCCGGCACAUCAGCUUCUUCCUGAUCAUGAGGCGAGGUGCUUGCUUGAGCCUGAGAAGUACAUUGUGAGAAGUGAGGAUGAGAUCCAGGGUUGGAUGGAAGAAAAUGAGAGCUUCCAACCUUAUUGGGAUGAGACCCUGAGGACUGACCGUGAAGCGAGACAUCAGCUGUACAGAAGGCUGUCAGAGAAGUCACUGCUAGGCUUCCGGAGGAGGAUCAAAUCGCGGGUCGGCCUCUUCUUCGUCUGGAAGAGUGGGAAAAAGGGGAUCCGUCUCAUAGUUGACUGCAGGAUGCCAAAUGGUUGCCACCGGCGCCCCCCGAAGACAAAGCUUGGGGGUGCCUCUGCCUUGGCAGAACUUGACACCUACAUUGAAGAGGACGAGGUGGCAGCUGUAGAGCAUGGAUAUGGUGGCAGCGUCUCGUUGCCGCAGAAGUUGUUUGGAGCCACGGGCGAUGUCAGCGACGCCUUUUACCAGUUCAGUGUCGAACACCUAGCAGAAUGGUUUGGUCUUGACGACCCAGUCAAGGCGAGCGACUUUGAUGUCACCUCUGUGUGGGACCCUGAGCUGGGGCGUGAGGUUCCAGUGACAGAAGAUGAGAUGUUGUUUCCAGUGUUCAUUGGCAUGCCGCAGGGCUGGACGUGGGCACUUCAUAUGUGCCAGGCUGCAGUAGAACAUGGGAUGAAAAGCCAACUUCCUGCGAAGCAGAUGGUGAAAGAAGGGGUGGCGGCUCCUGACCUCCUUGCUGGUCCUGUUGGGAGCGUGUAUGUUGACAACAUUGGGGUCUUUGGCUUUGUGGAAGAAGUAGUGGGUGAUACCUUCUCCUCUACAGUCGAGAGGCUUGAGGAGGCUGGUUUUGUGUUGCAUGAACUGGAGAAGGGUGGAGUGGAAAUCACCAAUGUUGGCAUUGUGAUUCACAGGAGGAUGCCAACGGAAGCACUUCGGGUGCUGGUGGGGCACAUAGUCCACUAUUUUUCAAUCAUGCGACCAGGCCUAAGCUGUCUGCACCAUGUGUACAAGUUCCUCUACCAGGGCUUGGAUGGCAGGGGGCACACCAUACCGAACUGCGUGAAGAGAGAGCUCCGUGUUGUAGUUGUCCUCAUCUUUUUGGUGGAAGUAGACCUAGGAAGUCCUUACUCAGACAUAGUGUACUGUGGCGACUCCAGCUCUUAUGGGUUUUGUUUUCAGACAACAAGGGCAUCAGUGGCUGAGCAGAGGAAUCUGUUCAAGUUCCAUGAGCGCUGGAGGUUUGUCGAGGUUGAGCACGACCUUGGGCGAACACUUGGGCAGCACCAGUCGUGGUCAGCUGACUUCGAGGUGCCCAAUCUUGCGUACACCAGAUGGCUGUGCGAAAGGCUCGGCAUUCCAGAGCCAAAUAGUGGUGAGCUAGAAGCUGGGACAAGAGGCCCUCACAGUCGAGAUCAGCGCCGGAAGUUUGAGGUCAUAGAGGUAGUUGGGAUGGUCCCCCGACUGCCUGAUGAGCUCCUUGAACCAGAACGUUGGCGAACUGUGGUGCAGAGGAGGUGGAAACACAAAGAGGCGAUUCACAUGAAAGAAGGGCGUGUCGCACUUAUGGCACUCCGACGGGAGUCUAGGAACACUUCAUGCCAUGGUAGGAGACUCCUUACGCUUUGUGACAACUUGUCCUGUGUUUGCAAAGGGAGGGCCAAAGACUACAGCCUGCUAGCACUAUGCCGCCGAGCCGCGGCCAUCCAGAUAGCAUGUGGGAUUAGGUGGCACCUGAGGUACGUUGAGACCAAGAGAAACCCUUCUGAUCAUGACUCAAGGGUUUUUGGCAAAGAGAAGGAGAAGCAGAGACGGAGCGACACUCAAACCAAGCCGUCUGGCUGCCAGUCCUGCCCAAGUACCCAAUCGCGCGAACCGGCAGCCUCUCCCUUGCCGUGCUCUUCUACGUCAGUGCAGCGGCGUCAGCCGACUGCAUCCUACGGUCGGGGAGAGCUGUCGGGGCGUGCCCAUGGGGAAAGGCAGACAAGCAGGAUCGGCGGCAGGGAGAACUCCUUGCAUGCGCGUCAUGACCUGGCAAUGCUCGGAUCAGUCCAAAGCUGCACUUCGGCGGGGGGCGGAAGUCUCCAACAUGGUCAAUUGCGACCAUCUUGUUCCCGAAGCACAAUGCGACCAUUUGAAGUGAGCGCGAAAAUGUGGAGCAGCGGAGGAGUGGAUCGUGCACCAGUCGCGAUGUGGAUCUCCUAUGACAUGCUGAUGCGUGGCUUUGUCUCCUGUGCUGCAGCAGUGGUGAUGGCCUUUGUGACAGCAUUGCCCGUUGGUAACCAACGGCUCAAGACAGCCACGCUGGCCAUUUGCGGCUUCAUUCUGAACUUUGCAUACGGCUGCUGGACAAUGAAAGGGGGAGGCUGGGGCGGCAUGGCAUGGGUCUACUGUGCCGAGAUGUUUCCGCAGAAGCACCGGACCAAGGGGGUGGCGGCCACCACCGAUGCCAACUGGGUGGGCAACAUUUUGAUUGCCUUCCUGCCACCGUUGAUGUUUGCCAACUGGGGCUUCAACACGUUUUGGGUCUUCGUUGGCACCAACUGUCUCUGCCUCUUCUGCGCCAUGUCUUUGCCAGAGACCAAGGACAAGAGCUUAGAGGAGAUUACCUUGAUGUUCAACCACUGGUUCCACCCAGGCGAGUGCAAGGCCACCGAAGACGCCGACGUGGAUUCGGUGGAUGCGUAG